GCUGUCAAGAACUGUCAUUCCUCAACAAAAACUUUUGCCUACAAUUCAACAAAGCCCAAGAAUUGUGAACUUUUGCCGUGAAAAAGUGCAUUUAAUCCGCUGCAUUCCGCUUACAUUCGUUCGCAAAUCGUUGCAGCAUCCGCGGACACCGUUCUUACAGCCGUUCAAGAUGGCGCACAGUGUGUGGAAGGUUGCAUUUUAUUGUGGUUCAUAGUGGAAACUGGUCUGUGCUGCUGGUGGUAGAAGAUGCCUGACGUCACGCACAGGUCGACGACGACGACGGCUAUGCUGUUCCUUGGAAGAUAUGUGCUACAAAAGUAUAACGUGUGUAAAGUCGCCUAAAUUGAACACGGACAGUGCAACGCAAAACUGCAGCUGAAAGUGCACACUAACCCACACAGAAUACGUUCCGUGUUUUCGUGAGUGAUAAGGGAAGGACAAUUGUUGCUCGUUUGCAAAGCGCAACCAGUGAAGAAGAGUGUUUUUUUUUGGCUGUGGCUGAAGUAAAACCGCACAAGCAUCACAAUGGACGAUAAAAACUCGACCGGAAGUGGUGGAGGAGGUGGUGGUAGCAGCACAGGGGGUGGCAGUGGUGGCGGUGGUGGCGGCGGCGAAACUAAAGUGAUCUAUCACAUCGACGACGAAACCACACCGUACCUAGUGAAGAUACCGUUGCCGGCUCCGCAGGUGACGCUGAAGGACUUUAAGCUGGUACUGAACAAGCAAAACAUCAACUACAAAUACUUUUUCAAAUCGAUGGAUGCUGACUUUGGCGUGGUGAAGGAGGAGAUCGCGGACGACUCAACAAUACUGCCCUGCUUCAAUGGAAAGGUCGUGUCGUGGCUGGUUACGGCGGACGGCUCCAACCAGUCCGACUGUUCCGAGCUGCAACCGACGGAAAUGAUCGAUGGGCGGCCAACGUUGGCCCAGCUGCGCAGCAUGAACAAACCGACGAUGAACAACAUGAUGAAUAUGCCAAUGAAUCCGCUCACCUACCAGUCGGCAUCGGUCGUAUCGAGCGAUCUCGAUUCGACCAGCCUGUUCGAAACGGAGAGCGAAAUAACGCUCGAUCGCGACAUGACGGAGUGCAGCAGCGUGCAGCGGUUGCAGGUGCGCAAGAAGCCGCAGCGCCGUAAAAAGCGAGCCCCGUCGAUGUCCCGCACGUCGUCCUACAGCUCGAUCACCGACUCGACGAUGUCGCUGAACAUUAUCACGGUGCAGAUCAAUAUGGACACGGUGAACUUCCUAGGCAUCUCGAUUGUGGGCCAAUCGAACCGGGGCGGAGACGGUGGAAUUUACGUCGGUAGCAUAAUGAAGGGUGGUGCGGUCGCGCUUGACGGGCGUAUCGAACCGGGCGACAUGAUCCUGCAGGUGAACGACGUGAACUUUGAGAACAUGACCAAUGACGAAGCGGUCCGCGUUUUGCGUGAGGUGGUACAGAAACCGGGCCCCAUCAAGCUAGUGGUGGCCAAAUGCUGGGACCCAAACCCGAAGGGAUACUUCACGAUUCCGCGCACCGAACCGGUCCGGCCGAUCGAUCCGGGUGCUUGGGUCGCACACACGGCAGCGCUACGCUCCCAGGACACUAUCAACACCGAUCUGCCAGAAUCGGUACUGGAGCGUCUGCAUGCCGACAUGGACAUGAAGGAUAUUGUACGUGCAAUGACAAAGCCCGACAGUGGGCUGGAGAUCCGCGACCGCAUGUGGUUGAAGAUCACCAUUCCCAACGCGUUCAUCGGUGCGGACGUCGUUAACUGGAUACUGGAGCACGUGGAUGGGAUCGGUGACCGUCGGGAGGCACGCAAGUACGUCUCGGUGAUGCUGAGGCGCGGCUACAUCAAGCACACCGUCAAUAAACUCACGUUUUCGGAGCAAUGCUACUACGUGGUCGGUAACGGUAUUCGGCAGGACAUUUCGAACAUGUCCCUCGAGGACACGGAAAGCAUGCUGAGCGACAUCGCGCCACUGCCCAAUCCGCCAAUCUACAUGACGUACUCCGGCAACUACAACCCGUCGCACGGCUACCAGCCGAUCCAGUAUGGGUGCACCGGCGAGCGGCAUCCGUCGUCCGGAUCGAGCAGCUCAGACAUCCUCACGAGCAAGGACACGUCGGCAUCGCAGAGUGACCUUGCAGCCGUCAUACAGCAGACCAACCAGAUGACGAUCGCGAACGCAUCGAACAAAUCUUCCGGAUCCUCGAACCGCGGUAAUGAGCAAGACAUUUCAGUUUUGAGCUAUUUAUGAUUUGCUUUCAUUUCGAUUCUUUUUCAAACCAUUUAACAAAACGAAAAAUGAACGGAACACACGCACACACACAAACACGAAUGUCCCACCAACAUCACCACCAUCCAACAACUGCAACGAACUGCGCCAACAUAACAAUGUUUUCGAUCAAACGCAAACUGAUCUCACCAAACUGCACUCCCCAAAUCCUGCCCCGAUUGAUACACAAAUUUGCUACAAAACGAUUGGAAAUGAAAUGCAUUUAUAAUUGUUGUUUGCUGUCGGCUGCCGGCCGGCUCCACCAAUGAUCCCGUGCACUUUUUCGUUGUUACAAAAACCGAUUACCACCCAACCUGACCCAUCCUCGUUUUCUCGUUCUUACGACGUGUACCGUUCCGUUUCGUUCGUGUUCCAUUUCCCACCUUUGAACGGGUUUUGGCCGUGGGCAGACUUUAAGACAACGAGAGUUGGCAGCGGAGGAGGAGGCGGCGGCGGCGGCGGCGGCGUUGGUGGCAUCGGUGGCAAGCUGAUCAGCACGAACGACGACGAGGGAUACGAGGACAGCAUCUACUUCCAGCAUCAACCGAUGCAACCCACACUGCAGCAGCAGCAGCAGCAGCAACAUCAACUACAGCAUCAGCAAUCGUUCGGCCGGAAUGGUAGUGGCCGAAAGGAACCGGGCCAUAUCUACAACAAUCAGUAGAGCAGAAGGCAGCUGCUUAAAGGACGCACGAAGGAGGAGGAUCGUUGUGCUGUAGGCGUGAGUAUGUAUGUUUAUGGCAAGAUUGUGUCGUCUGUGUGUGUGUGCGGUUCUUGUGCCGGUCGGUAUGUGCCGGUGUAAAGUAAAUGCCAAAACAAAACCGCAAAAGGAGGCACAGUUUGGGAUGGGGAAAGCACAACAAACUCGUCGUGGUGUGUGAGAAGUAAAUUGUGUCGUCGGGUGGAUGCUGCAAACGGACGGCGACAUUCGUCGGACGUUGGUGGUGGUCGUGGUGGUGAGCGGCAGGUGAAGCGCAGGGGGCCGUACUCGCAACUAUAUUGGAAAAGCAGGGAAAACAAAACACACUGAGCACUAAGUUAGGUAAAACGUAAAAAAGGGAAAAUUUGCUAAACAAACUCUGGGACAAACGUACGAGAGCGACGACAUAAUGUGUGUCUGUGUGUGUGGCAGCGGAAUGAUAGCAGCUACUAAGAGGUAAGGUUUAGGGAAAAGAAAGCUAAGAAACUGAAUGGGAUGGGGUAGGCCAAGCGCAAGUAACUGCGUGCUUGCCGUGUGCAGACGGAUACCGGCGACGGUCUUGAAAAGUGCAUAGCGACGCGAUGAGACGAACAUUGACAAUGUUCGAAACACGGGAUGCAGGGAUUGGAUAGAAGCUACUAAUAGUAGAGCAGCAUCUUAUUCGUAGGGAACUAACUACUUUGUUUUAAUCUUUUCCCUUUUCAUAAUAAUUACUUCCGACACCAUAUUCGCUUUUACUUUGUCGACUGAUGCUGCAGAUUUUUUAUCACUAGACUUUCGGAAUUAAUGUUUCCAUCUCCUAAUUUCCAUUCUUUUGUGUAGAGAAAGUUUUUGUUCCCCCAAAUACAUCUUUUUCCCCUCCUUUGCUGUAUCCUUACGUUCGAUUGAGAUUUUAUCGUUGUUUGAGUGUAACGUACGGCCGCGUCUUUACACCGCAAAAACAAAAACAAACGACGAUUACUACUUACGUUCGCUUCCGAAACCAUUGUAAAUGUGUUUAUUAUUACGAAUAUUAUUAAUAUUAUAUUAUGCGUAUGAUUUUUGCGAAUAUCAAUUAUUUUAAAUGGUAAAAAAUAUAUAUACAUAUUUUACAAACAAAUGGAAACAAAACGUUAGAGUAUUUAUACCGGAACUGAUGCUAAGCUAUAUAUUCGAGAUGUGGGACAACGCGGUGGGAAUUUAAUCUUAGAAGAAGAAAACAAACAAACAAACAAGGCAUAAACAGUGGAUAUACAGUUGUAGGGCGAACGAAGCAGCAGGAAAGUUGGAAACGAAAAACAAACCACACAAACUAUAAGUUUAAGAACACUAUACGAACCAGCUGCUAAACAUGCUGAAGCUAGAAACAAAAGCAAGGAACCUAAAACUGAAUACACAAUUAAACAUUAAAUUGUAACAAGGACAUUUGUAAACGUGUUCGCAUACUCGUUCUCGCUCCCGUGAACCUUCACCACAUUUCUGUGCACCUGCAAGAACGGGGCCUGCAUCGGAAAAGUCAGUGUAUGUAUGUAUGUUUGGGUGUGUAACUAUCACUACGUCUACGCACGUAGAAUGCAAUCGGAAGUUACAUUCCGGUAAUGAUGUUUUGUGCUACCAAAGCACCUCUACACAUUCAAAAACCGAACCUUUUUUGCAUUUACUUGAGUUUCAUCCAACCCCCCACACUAAACUACGAUUGCGAUUAAACAUGUGGCCAAAAAUUUCUACAUACGUAAUUCCGCGCAAACCGGUCGGCUCUGCGGAUGCGUACGCGGUUGAUGAAAUUUUGAACAGAAUUGGUGAACAAACAAAAAGUACAGUGCUCGCUGAGUCUUGCAGAUUCCGAUUAUAUACGAAUUUAUUGAAUAUGGAGCGUUAUUGGAGCGAGCAGCAACUCGCUACAGCAAACACAACAUGUGACCAUAAGGGGACUAGAGCUAAUGAAGAAAUGGGAAACGUUAAUCGAAAUGCAAUGUGUGUGGGCAUAUGACGAGCGGAAUCGUAAAAAGGGUCCUAAGAAGAGAGAAGCGUGUGCGGAAGAGUAGACACGAAUGCCGGACGAUGCAGGAAGAACAAUGGAAAGUAAUAAAAUGAAUGAAAUAAUUGAACUUGUAA